CCGGGACCCGCUCCUUCUGAGAGCGCAGACCUCUCCACGGGGACCAAGAGGACGCGGCGCGCUGGCGGCCGCCCCUGGCCUCGCUCCGGCUCGCACCGCGGCUCAUCGCUGCGUCCCGGGCUCCGACUCGGAGCGCACAGCUCGCGCCCCGGGCAGCGGCGUGUCCCGGGAGCCCCGACUGUGGGGCAGGGAGCAGGGCGGCGGCCGGCUGGGGAUGGGCGGCCCGGCUGCGGCGUGGACGGGCGCCGGGGGGCUCCGAGCGCUGCUGCUGGCGCUGGUGGCCGCGGGGGUCCCGGCCGGCGCCUACAACCUCGACGCGCAGCGCCCGGUGCGCUUCCAGGGCCCGGCGGGUUCCUUCUUCGGCUACGCGGUGCUGGAGCACUUCCACGACAACACGCGCUGGGUCCUUGUGGGUGCACCGAAGGCAGAAUCUAAAUAUAGCACUUCAGUGAAGUCCCCUGGAGCUGUGUUUAAGUGUCGAGUCCACACCAACCCUGACCGGAGAUGCACCGAACUGGACAUGGCUCGAGGGAAGAACAAGGGUGAGCCCUGUGGGAAGACCUGCAAGGGAGACCGAGAUGAUGAGUGGAUGGGGGUGAGCCUGGCCCGGCAGCCCAGAGCAGAUGGCCUUGUCCUGGCCUGUGCCCAUCGCUGGAAGAACAUCUACUAUGAAACAGACCACAUCCUGCCCCAUGGAUUCUGCUACCUCAUCCCAUCCAACCUCCAGGCCAAGGGCAAGGUGCUGAUCCCCUGCUAUGAAGAGUACAAGAAGAAGUAUGGGGAAGAACAUGGCUCCUGCCAGGCCGGGAUGGCAGGGUUCUUCACCGAGGAGCUGGUGGUCAUGGGUGCCCCAGGUUCAUUUUAUUGGGCUGGAACGGUCAAGGUGCUGAAUCUGACGGACAACACAUACUUUAAACUGAAUGAUGAUGUGAUUAUGAACAGGCGGUAUACCUACCUGGGCUAUGCAGUGACCGCUGGCCGCUUCUCUCAUCCGUCCAUCACCGAAGUGGUAGGAGGCGCCCCGCAGGAUGAAGGCAUUGGAAAGGUUUAUAUAUUCAGAGCUGACCGAAGAUCAGGGACCUUAGUGAAGAUUUUCCAGGCAUCAGGAAAGAAGAUGGGCUCUUACUUCGGCUCCUCCUUGUGUGCAGUUGACCUGAACAUGGACGGCCUCUCUGAUCUUCUCGUGGGGGCCCCCAUGUUUUCUGAGGUCAGAGAUGAAGGGCAGGUUACUGUCUACCUCAGCAAAGGAAAUGGAGCACUCGAAGAACAGCUGUCCCUGACUGGAGAUGGCGCCUACAAUGCGCACUUUGGGGAAAGCAUUGCCAGCCUGGGUGACCUUGACGAUGAUGGGUUCCCAGAUGUGGCUGUCGGUGCACCAAAGGAGGACGACUUUGCUGGUGCAGUCUACAUCUAUCAUGGCGAUGCCAAUGGGAUUGUCCCCCAGUACUCAAUGAAACUGUCUGGGAGGAAGAUAAACCCGAUCCUGCGGAUGUUUGGGCAGUCCAUAUCAGGAGGCAUUGACAUGGAUGGAAAUGGCUAUCCUGAUGUCACCAUCGGAGCCUUCCUGUCUGACAGCGUGGUCCUCCUCAGGGCCAGGCCGGUCAUCACUGUGGAUGUCUCCAUCUUCCUCCCAGGCUCUAUCAACAUCACAGCACCUCAGUGUCAUGACGGACAGCAGCCCGUGAACUGCCUAAAUGUCACCGUGUGUUUCCGGUUCCAUGGAAAGCAUGUGCCAGAAGAAAUAGAUCUGAGCUACAACCUGACGGCUGAUGUGGCCCAGAAGGACAAGGGCCAGCUGCCCAGGGUCUACUUUGUGUUGCUGGGAGAGACCGCCGGCCAGGUCUCAGAGACGUUGCAGCUGGCGCACAUGGACGAGAUGUGCCGUCACUACCUGGCCCACGUCAAGAGGAGAGUACAGGAUGUCAUCAGCCCCAUCGUGUUUGAAGCUGCCUACAGCCUGGGUGUGCACCAGACUGCUGAGGAGGAGCGGGAGCUGCCCGAUCUGACACCCGUGCUUCGCUGGAAGAAGGGACAAAAGAUCGCCCAGAAGAAUCAGACAGUUUUUGAAAGGAACUGCCAAUCUGAGGACUGUGCAGCCGACCUGCAGCUUCGGGGAAAGCUGCUGCUUUCCAGUGUUGAUGAGAAAACCCCAUACCUAGCUUUGGGGGCUGUGAAGAAUAUCUCUCUAAACAUCUCCAUCUCCAACCUUGGGGACGAUGCCUAUGAUGCCAACGUAUCCUUCAAUGUUUCCCGGGAACUCUUCUUCAUCAACAUGUGGCAGAAGGAGGAGAUGGGUGUUUCCUGUGAGCUGCUGGAAUCAGACUUUCUCAAAUGCAGUGUGGGAUUUCCUUUCAUGAGGUCAAAGUCCAAGUACGAGUUCAGUGUGAUCUUCGACACAAGCCACCUGUCUGGGGAAGAGGCAGUUCUCAGCUUCAUCGUGACCGCUCAGAGUGGAAACAUGGAGCGCUCCGAAGCCCUGCAUGACAAUGCUCUCACGCUGACGGUACCAUUGGUGCAUGAAGUGGACACGUCCAUCGCUGGAAUUGUGUCCCCAACGUCCUUUGUGUAUGGCGAGUCUGUGGAUGCAUCCAACUUCCUUCAACUAGAUGACCAGGAGUGUCAUUUCCAACCCCUCAACAUCACUCUCCAGGUCUACAACACGGGCCCCAGCACCCUUCCCGGGGCAUCUGUCAGCAUCUCCUUCCCCAGCCGGCUGUCACCUGGUGGCGCAGAGAUGUUUCAGGUCCAGGAGAUGGUGGUGAGCCAGGAAAAGGGCAACUGCUCUUUCCAAAGGAACCCAACGCCCUGCAUCAUCCCUCAAGAACAAGAAAAUAUCUUCCAUACUAUAUUUGCUUUCUUCGCCAAAUCUGGAAGGAAAGUAUUGGACUGUGAAAAGCCCGGGAGUUUCUGCCUCACAGUGCGCUGCAGCCUUAGCGCUCUUCCAAGAGAAGAGAGCCGCACCAUCGACCUGUACAUGCUGCUGAACACGGAAAUACUGAAGAGGGACAGUUCCUCUGUCAUCCAGUUCAUGGCUCGAGCCAAGGUGAAGGUGGACCCCGCCCUGAGAGUGGUGGAGAUACCCAACGGGAACCCAGAAGAGACCCAGGUGGUCUUCGAGGCCUUGCACAAUCUGGAGCCCCGUGGCUACGUUGUGGGGUGGAUCAUCGCCAUCAGUUUGCUGGUGGGAAUCCUCAUCUUCCUGCUGCUGGCUGUGUUACUGUGGAAGAUGGGCUUCUUCCGCAGAAGGUACAAAGAAAUCAUUGAAGCCGAGAAAAACCGGAAAGAGAAUGAAGAUGGUUGGGACUGGGUCCAGAAAAACCAGUGACCCGCCGUGCCGUGCCAGUCACGUGAUGCCCUCAUGUUCCCAUCACCAGCCUGUGGUCCCUGAUCUUUGUAUCUUCCAUAUUUGGAAGAAAGAAAUCUUCUCCAGAUUUUUCGGAGGCCCCACUGAUGCUGUUCUCUUCCUCAUUCUGUCAAGCCCGGUGCCGACCUGAGAUGGUCACCUCCAGCCAGGUCACAUGACUGGGGCCACCACCACUUCCCCUUACAAACAAACUCAGAGCUUCGGAAAGACAAGCUACAGAGCAAAGCAAUAUUUAUGGAUACAACAUUGCGUGGUCAACCCUCAGGGGAAAACUGUUACCUAAAAGUAUUUUUUAUAAACGUAAGCCUUUUAUAUUGAUCGUGUCUUUAUAUUUGUAUCGAUGUUUUAUUGUUUCUAUUAAAUAGUUCUAUAAUUCACUCAAGCACUGAAAUCUUGGACAUAUAUGUACCUGCAUACAAAUUUUAAAAGAGGAAGGACUUAUUGUACUUUGGAACUUGCUGUUUGAAAAAAAAAAUGCAGAUAAAAUAAACAAAAGAGACCUCAAGAAAUGAAUCCGCCAAGCUGGGAAUACUACAAAAGCACCAUGGUUCUGGCGAGACCACCUAAGACACUUCCCACUGUUAGCACCUGGAGUCAAGUUCCGAGCACUUGAAGAAGUAUCAGUGCUUUCCCUUACGGACCUCUCGCUGGGAGAUUCCCAACGAGAGCUGGGAUGAAAACCCUGGUUUCCUCACUGCAGAUGCUCGGUCCCACCCUAUUGCAUGCACCAGGCACUUCACUCUCCUCCCUCGGGAGUCAGCAAGUGUGGCAUAGACAACUGGUCAACCUCAGGAUAACAUCUCAUCCCGAUUCAAAGCCCAGGACUGAAGCUGUGCUCUCUCAGCAAAGACCUGUGUCUGUGACUGUGUGUGUGUAAAGUGUCACCUUGUGAUGUAACUUCAGUUCAAGGAUCUCCAUUUACUCUGUCACUCUUACUGUCCCCAAAUGGUGGUAUUGCAGACUCCUUCCCAGAGAGGAUAGCCCCACUUGAAUUAUGUUUAUGUCUUAGGUGGGAUUCUCAAGAGUCAAACCCUGGAAUAAAGACUUGGGUGCAAGUAAGUUAUUGAGGAAGUUUUCCCAGAAGCUAGCAGUGAAGAAGUAGGGAAUAGAAUACAGGAGAGUAGGGGACCCCAAGAAACAAUGUCACUUUAGGGAAUGAUCCACAAGGUGGCUUCAGCCCAAUUAGAUCUGGUCGGCAAAUUAGGCUCAGAGUACCCUGACUAGAUGUCAGGAAACCGGGCUUCUGUGGUCCCUUGCCUGCUGGGGAUGUAAACUUUCUGCCCUUUGUAGUUGCUGACAAGAUGAUUCUGUCCUCUAGAGGACAGCUUCUCGGGCAUCUUCAACUGGAGAAAUGCAGAAAUCAUGCAAAGGACUCUGAACCAAGAGCUGUGGUGUUCCCCUCUCCCCAGCAAGUGAAUGGUAACUCCAGCAUUGAGAAACCCAAAAAGCCACAAGUCAAAGCUAGUUCUAGAAGCCAAAUGUUGCCUCUGACUCUGGAAUGGAGACAGGGGUCACUGUAAGGCUGGGGCAGUCCAGGAAACCAGUGCACACCCAGGUCAUAAAUUUUAUCAAAAAAAUUUAGGAAAGAAGUCUUGGCUUUACCAGCCACGUACAGCCUGGACUGUGGGUCCAGCACUGUGCAGGACACUGCUGACCCCCCCCCCAGAGAACACAGCCUCGGGGUAGUCAGCCAUCCCACAGUAGGUGUGGAGUGUGGAUUCUCCAUGAGCCCCAUUUGCAGCUGUCCUAUGAUGAUGAUGUGUGAAUCAUGUCAUAGUUUCCUUUAAUAAAAUCAUGUGAGAUUCUUAGAUGGUGAGAUCAUCUGCAGGUUCAGCCAAAUGCAUCUGUCCCCACCGGCCUGCUUCCUGCAGAGGGCAUGGUUUCAUCAGGGUCAGCCACACCCGAGAAAGUGGACAGGGAGGAAGGGCAGACGCAGCAGCUGGGAUCUGUCGUGAAUGGCAAACCCUCAUGGGCAGUCACAUGUCGCUAAGUCACUACAAGUCCAUGAGGCUGAAUUUAAGAAAAUACAUGGUCCUAACAGCCACCAUAGGAAGCAUCUUUGCCUAUCUGGUAAUGCUGAAUGCCAGGUGGUGUGAGAGGUAGCGUGUGGCUGCGUGGCACCCAGGCAGAGGAGGGAGUCAUCCCUGUCUAAGAAUUCUCUCAACUGAGUAUCCAGCAUCUUCACUCUGGCUUCUUUUAAGCUAUCAGGUAAAGUGGGCAGGUGUGUUGAUAUGUCCCUGUUACCUCUCUCUAGAACAUUCUUUUUUAAAAUCCGACAGGAUAGUCCAUUGUAAGGUCUUGCCUCUGAAUCCCCUGUGGAAACCCUGCAGACAUUCAUUCUAAAUUCUCACUGGCAUUACCAUUUGUCUGGUUCCAUUUU